CCCACGCCAAAAAUCUCUCAAACCCCCUUAAAACCCCGCUCCAAAACCCCGCCAUCUCCCCCAAUUCCCCAAACCUCCCCUCCACUCCGCCUCUCCCACUCACACCUACCGCCGCCGCCAGCAACUGCUACUACCUCCGGUCCCGUCUCGCCUCCCGUCGCCGGCGGCCGCCAUGGUGGGCCGUGGCGACGACGACUCCCGCUGGCCGGAGUCUCCCUCCCAGGCAGUCCUCUUCGCCGACGAGAUUGCCGCCGUCCGCGCCGUCCUCGGGUCCGCCCUCCCCGAGGUCCGCGUCGUCGCCACGCUGUCCCGGUGCGGCGGCAACACCGAGCGCGCCAUCAACGCGCUCCUCGACAACGACGCCGCGGUCGAUACCAAGAAAGCUCGUCCGGUCAAAGCAGAGCGCGACGUUAGCGGUGCCGCCGCUCAGGCGCCGGCGCAGUCUUUGGUGAAGGUGAAGGCUGAUGCCCCCGACGAGGUCUUGGGGAGCCAAGAUUCCGACGGCUCCUCAGCGAAGGCCGCCGUCAAUGUCAAGAGCGAGCCGAUCGAUUCGCCCGUCAAAGAUCCUUCUUCGAUUCCGCUGCACCGGGUCAAGGAGGAGAGGUGCGACGGCGACGGACCCAAGAAAGGCCCCGGUGCGGUGGCGAGCGGCGGAGGUAUUAGCCUCGUGCCGAGGCCAAAGAAGAGGCCGCGGGAGGACGCGGUGGUGACCAUCGACCUCACGAUGACCCACCCGGUGCCGUACCUGAAUCCGAGGCCCAUCCGGGCGCUGCCGCCGCCGGAGGUCAGGGACGUGGAGAUGCACGACCCGUCGCCGCUCAUGGCGAUUGCGCCUGCCCCGGUUAGCGAUUGGAGGAUGGUUGUGGCACCGCCGGAGCCCGAGUUUGGCAACUUCCCCGAGGAGCGCGACUGGUUCCUCCUCGGCAAGUCCUAUGUCACCGGGCUGUCCACCAACCGUGGGAGGAGGAUGAUAGACGCCGGCGAGAUUGUCGGUUUCACCUUCCCCUCGUACGAGAGGAUCUAUGGCGGGGUAAAAGUGUCAGCCAAGAAGGCGGCGACACUGGCGGAGAUUGUACGCUUCUCCACCAAACGAGCCGGAGAGAUUGGGAAGCUGUCACCGGAGUGGACAAAGAUCAUUGUCCCGCUUGUGAACUCGUCCAAGGUGAAGAUUCAGGGGAAGAUUGUGUUCCCGACAAUGGAGCUCAGGCUGAUGCAGGAGAUUUUGCUGUAUGUUAGCUUCUACGUCCACAGCUCUGUGUUCACUCAAGGUGAACUCUCAUCCUGGAAUACGCUCGCUCCUGCAAGUGUUGGUUAUGCUGCCAACCCUCUUCAUUGGUUAUUUGAUCAUCUGAAUCUAAGGACGUCCAACAAGGAUGAUUUCUCUCUCGAUGACCUCAGCACAAGAAAGCUGAAGCAAAUUCUAAGGGGUAACCACAACAGCAGCGAUGAAUCCAUUCCUGUGCUUGGCCAAACUUUUCCAGAGCAAAGCACUGAUGAGCAGGCUAUUUCAGAAGCUGCCUUGAACAAAAUUGUUGGCACUGCUGAAACUUACAACUUGGAGGAAGCAGAGCCUCCAAGUACUCUUGUCUCUGUUCUAAAACCGUACCAAAAACAAGCUCUCUUCUGGAUGUCUAAAUUAGAGAAGGGAAUGGAUGCCAACGAAGCAACAAGAACUCUUGAUCCCUGCUGGAGUGCCUACAAUAUCGUUGACAAGAGAGCUCCUCCAGUGUACGUUAAUCUUUUCACCGGGCAAGCAACAACACAAUUUCCAAGUGUAACUGAGACUACACGAGGAGGGAUACUAGCAGAUGCAAUGGGUCUUGGCAAAACUGUCAUGACCAUUGCUCUGAUACUUUCAGAUCCUAGGGGGGAGUGUUCCAACUAUAUAGAAAGAGAUAUGAGGGAUCCGAGAGAUCAUACGAUCAGGGCAUGCACCUUGAGGUCCUCUAUAAGAGGAGGUACCCUUAUUGUUUGCCCGAUGGCAUUAUUGGGUCAAUGGAAGGAUGAAUUGGAGGCACAUGCAACACAAGGAGCUCUUUCUGUGUUUGUACACUAUGGUGGUGAUAAAACUGAUGACCUUGUACUGAUGGCUCGGCAUGAUGUUGUCUUAACGACCUAUGGUGUCCUUUCAGCCACAUACAAAACUGAUUACAGAAGCAUGUUUCACAUGAUUGAUUGGUAUAGGAUUGUGCUUGAUGAAGCUCACACAAUCAAAUCUCCUAAAACAAAAGUGGCCCAAGCAGCUUUUGGAUUAACCUCACAAUGCAGAUGGUGCCUUACAGGCACACCAUUGCAAAAUAAUUUGGAGGACCUCUACAGUCUUCUCUGCUUCCUACAUGUUGAACCAUGGUGCAAUGCAAACUGGUGGCAGAAGUUGAUCCAGAAACCUUAUGAGAAUGGUGAAGCUAGUGGAUUGAAACUUGUUAGAGCUAUUCUUAGGCCACUAAUGCUGAGGAGGACCAAGGAGACAAAAGACAAGACGGGAAAUCCCAUACUGGUUCUCCCUCCAGCUCAUAUUGAAGUUGUGGAAUGCGAACAAUCGGAACAUGAGCAUGAUUUCUAUGAAGCACUUUUCAGGAGAUCAAAGGUUCAGUUUGACAAAUUUGUAGCACAAGGCAGUGUUCUUAACAACUAUGCUAAUAUUCUUGAGCUACUUCUCCGGCUAAGGCAGUGCUGCAAUCACCCUUUUCUAGUUAUCAGCCGAGCUGAUACUCAAAAGUAUGCUGACCUCGACAAGCUAGCACAGCGUUUCCUUGAAGGAGUGCAAAGUUAUUCUAGAAGGCAGAAUGCGCUACCGUCACGUGCGUAUGUAGAAGAGGUUGUUGAAGAAAUUCGUCAGGGUGCUACUACCGAGUGCCCUAUCUGCCUUGAAUCAGCUUCUGAUGAUCCUGUGCUCACGCCUUGUGCACACCGGAUGUGCCGUGAGUGCCUUCUUUCUAGCUGGAGGACUCCAGCUGGAGGGCCAUGUCCGCUCUGUCGAAGUCACAUCAGCAAAUCUGACCUGAUCAUACUGCCUGCUCAGUGCCGCUUCCAGGUUGAUGCCGAAAAUAACUGGAAGGACUCGUGCAAGGUGAGCAAACUUAUCAUGAUCCUGCAGGACCUUCAGAAGAAGAGGGAGAAGAGCAUUGUAUUCAGCCAGUUUACUUCAUUCUUUGAUCUUCUGGAGAUCCCCUUUAGUCAUAAGGGUAUCAAGUUCUUGAGGUUUGAUGGCAAGCUGAGCCAGAAGCAUAGAGAAAAAGUUCUGAAGGAAUUCAGUGAAAGUGAGGACAAGCUGGUGCUACUGAUGUCACUCAAAGCUGGAGGUGUAGGGCUAAAUCUAACUGCUGCCUCCAAUGUUUUUCUGAUGGAUACAUGGUGGAAUCCUGCAGUGGAAGAGCAGGCCAUUAUGAGAAUUCACCGUAUUGGGCAGAAAAGAACAGUCCAAGUGAGACGUUUCAUCGUCAAGGAUACUGUUGAGGAGCGGAUGCAACAGGUGCAAGUGCGCAAGCAGAGGAUGAUUUCUGGGGCGUUGACGGACGAUGAAGUCCGGGGUGCUCGCAUUGAGCAUCUAAAGAUGCUGUUCACGUGAUUGUUGCCAGUAACUGCAGAUGUAUAUAGUUGAUAUUUUGUGUCAUGGAUGCUUAGUAGUGUCCAAGUAAGACAUGUUGGUACUAUCAAGGUUCAGUCCAUUGUGAAUGGGAAUGUGAUAUUUUGUAUAUUAUCUUUAGUGGCAAAUUCUGAUGUAGAACGUCCUCUUGAAUGAUUAAAUCCUUAACCUAUUAUAUGAAAAUAGCUGGUCUUCGUUUGGUACA